AUGGACCACGGUGUGUUCUACUGCCUUCUAGCUCUUCUUCCACAUGUGUACUUCCUUCUGAAAUCGCUGUGGAAGAAAGCUCCCUUCGGAUCUGGUAGCCGCCGUGGACUCGAGCUCCCUCCAGGCCCAUGGCAGCUCCCCGUCAUCGGCAGCAUGCAUCAUCUCCGCGGCUCCCUCGUGCACCGCGCACUGCGGGACCUGUCGCUCUGCCAUGGCCCUCUCAUGUUCCUCAAGUUCGGCGAGCUCCCAGUCCUCGUAGCAUCCACGCCAGAGGCCGCGAAAGAGGUGAUGAAGACCCACGACGCCAUCUUCUCGACGAGGCCACUGAGUUUCGGCAUCAAGACGGUCACCAAGGACGGCCCGGGGAUCGUCUGGGCUCCGUACGGCGACCACUGGCGGCAGCUCCGCAAGAUCUGCGCCAUGGAGCUGCUCGGCGCCCGGCGCGUCCAGUCCCUGCGGCCUGCCCGCGAGGAGGAGGCGCUUCGGCUGGUCCGAGCCGUCGCGUCCUCUUUCUCGUCCACCGCGGCAGGAGCAGCGCCGCCGGUCGUGGACCUCGGUAGGCUGGUCGCCAUGUACGUGGCCGACGCGUCGUUGCAUGCCAUCCUGGGCAGGCGGUUCAAGGUCGAGGACAGGGACACGUUCGUGCGUUAUGUCGACGAGGGUGUCCGGCUCGCCAGCGGGUUCACGCCCAGAGACCUGUUCCCGUCGUCGUGGCUGGCUCGCGCUCUGAGCCGCCGGGCGGUACGCGAGGUAGAAGCCUACCGCGAGUCCUUGUUCGCCUUCGUGGAUGGAGUGCUAGGUGAGCACCUGGAGCAACGAAGGUCAACUGAAGAAGAAGAGGAAGAGGAGGAUUUGAUUGACGUCCUCCUCCGGAUCCAGAAGGAAGGAAACCUUCAGUUCCCUCUCACCAUGAAGAUAAUCGAAGCAGUGAUAUUUGAUCUUAUCGGAGGGGGUAUCGAAACAGCGACAACAACGCUGCAGUGGGCGAUGGCUGAGCUGAUGAGGAAUCCAGGCAUCAUGGACAAGGCACAGGCUGAGGUCAGGAGAGUGUUCAUGGGCGAAACCAAGGUAACCGAAGGUCGGCUAGGCGAGCUAUCCUACCUGCACCUGGUCAUCAAGGAGACCCUACGACUGCAUGUCCCUGGGCCGCUGCUGAUCCCAAGGGAAUGCACGGAGCAGUGCCGGAUACUCGGCUACGACGUGCCCAAGGGAGCCAUGGUGCUCGUGAACGCCUGGGCCAUCGCUCGGAGCCCGGAUUGCUGGGUGGAGCCGGACACGUUCCAUCCUGAGAGGUUUGUCGCUGACAUGAGAGAUUUCAAGGGCAAUGACUUUGAGUUCAUCCCGUUUGGCGCCGGGAGGAGGAUCUGCCCUGGGAUGGCAUUCGGUCUGGCCAAUGUAGAGCUCGGUCUUGCCAGCUUGCUGUUCUGUUUUGACUGGAGCCUGCCAGAGGGCGUCAUUCCUAGUGAGAUGGACAUGACCGAGACCAUGGGGAUCACUGCUAGGAGGAAAGCAGACCUCUUGCUGUCUGCUACUCCCUGUGUCAAACUGCCGAGUUAA